CAGUCUGGUGGCUGUUCCUGUGUGUUUACUACACGGACCAGGCAGCAGCAGACACUUGGCUUCACAUGCACCUAACUCACAACAGCUAGCUAGCUAAACACUUUAUAGUUCCAUCUGAAAGAGAAUCUCCAAGAAUCCAACAUGCCCAAGAGAAAGGGAGCCGCUGGGGACACCAAGGAGGAGCCCCAGAGGAGAUCCGCCCGGUUAUCAGCGAAACCAGCCCCAGCCAAGACUGAACCCAAGGCCAAGAAGGAGAAACCAGCAAAGAAAGAGAAGGCUGUGAAUGACAAGAAGGAGGAGAAGAAAACUAAGAAGGCAGCAGCGAAGGAGAACGCAGAGGCCGCUGAGGAGAACCACUCUGAGAACGGAGAUGCCAAGACCAACCAGAUGGAGGAUGCUCCCGAGGCGGAGAAGGAGGAAGCCAAGUCUGAGUAGCAACACUGCCGACCCCAGAUGACCUCCGACCCCCUCCGACCCCCCUCCCAGCCUGCCCCAGUGUUCGUGGUCCCCCUCCAAGGCGUAUUGUUAACAGAGGAAUAUUUUUAUCAGUGAUUUUAUAAGUAUACUAUCUACUAUCCGUACAGAUUUUUAGCACAAAGCAAAGCUGAGUAAUAUAAUGCAGAUCUGCAGUGGUCAUAUCAACAAAGUGUCUGCAGG